UCCGCAGGUCAAAGACCGAGCAGCUUUGGGAGUUUUCAGAUCAGCAAGUGGGGAAAAGUUUGGAAAAGCAGACCUGCGGACGGCUUCUGUCAGCGGCAGCAGCAGAAGCAGAAGCAGCCUCAGCGGCGGCGGCGGCAAGAGCAGGAGCAGGAGCGGGAGCAGGACCAGGACCAGGACCAGGACCAGCAGCGGGAGCAGGAGCAGCGGCGGCGGUUCAGCGCCCAGCGUCCAGCCUGUGUGGAGUUUUUCUGCGGGUGAGAGGCUGUACAAUCCUCGGCAGUGUUCUGAGACUGUACGGCCCCGAUCCCCGCCAGCCCGGACGGGAACACCACGACCAGCCCCGCUUUUGUGGACUAACUCACAGUUCACAGGUUUCGGGACAUGAUCUGUCAGCGGGCUCCUUCUGACCCGCGCCCUUCCAUGUAAUCCUCACUUCUUAAACGACACACACACCGGUUGUUUUUUUUUUAAACUUCUUUUGACUCUAAAGUUGGACUUAACUUCGACCGUCGGGGAAUUACAACGUCGAUCGCGCCCGAGAGAAACCAUGACGGCCGAUAAGGAGAAGAAGAGGAGCAGCUCAGAGCGUCGCAAGGAGAAGUCCCGGGACGCUGCCCGCUGCAGGCGCAGCAAAGAGACGGAGGUUUUCUACGAGCUGGCCCACCAGCUGCCUCUCCCCCACAGCGUCAGCUCUCACCUGGACAAGGCCUCUAUAAUGAGGCUGGCUAUCAGCUUCCUGCGCACACGCAAGCUGCUUGCCACAGGCUGCAGCAGCAGCAGCAGCAGCAGCAGCAGAAGCAGUGACGGUGAAGAGGACGGACAGAUGGACAGUCUGUACCUGAAGUCUCUGGAGGGCUUCAUCACCGUGGUAACGUCGGACGGCGACAUGGUAUUCCUGUCUGAGAACAUCAACAAGUUCAUGGGGCUCACGCAGGUGGAGCUCACUGGUCACAGCAUCUUUGACUUCACCCACCCAUGUGACCACGAGGAGAUCAGGGAAAACCUCAGCCUGAAGACAGCCGGCAGCGGCUUCGGUAAAAAAGGCAAAGAGCUGAGCACCGAGCGAGAUUUCUUCAUGAGGAUGAAGUGCACGGUGACCAACAGAGGACGCACCGUCAACCUCAAGUCAGCCAGCUGGAAGGUGCUGCACUGCACCGGACACCUGAAGAUGUACAACAGCUGCCCUCCCAGAGUGCUGUGCGGCUUCAAAGAGCCCCCGCUCACCUGCGCCGUUCUGAUGUGCGAACCCAUCCCGCACCCAUCCAACAUCGACACGCCGCUGGACAGCAGGACCUUCCUGAGCAGACACAGCAUGGACAUGAAGUUCACCUACUGCGACGAGAGGGUAACAGAACUGAUGGGUUACACACCUGAGGAUCUGCUGGGUCGUUCGGUCUACGACUUCUACCACGCCCUGGACUCAGACAGCGUCACCAAGAGCCACCACAACUUGUGUACCAAGGGUCAGGCAGUGAGCGGCCAGUACCGAAUGUUGGCCAAGAACGGAGGCUACAUCUGGGUUGAAACCCAGGGAACUGUUAUUUAUAACAGCCGCAACUCCCAGCCCCAGGGCAUCGUGUGCAUAAACUAUGUACUCAGUGACAUCGAGGAGAAGUCAGUGAUUUUCUCCUUGGAGCAGACAGAGUCCCUGUUCAAGCCACGCCACAUGAGCAGCUUCUUCACUGCUGGAGGUGCAGGUGUGAAUGGAGAACCGGGAGACGCCCUUUUUACCAAACUCAAAGAGGAGCCGGAGGACCUGGCCCAGCUGGCUCCAACACCUGGAGACACGAUCAUUUCCCUCGACUUCGGUCGCCCUCAGUUCGAGGUUUCUACCGCAGCUAUGCUCCCUCCGGGACCUCCGUCCUGGGCCAGCGAGAGCCACAAGCCUGCCCCUCCAGCAUCAGGCCAAACCCCGGCUCCGGGCCCAGGGGACAUGGCUAGCAUGGCUGGCACGUUCACCGUGCAUCAGAAUCCGCCACCGGGCAGCACCACUCCGAGCCUCAGCGGCUGCUCCACGCCCAGCAGCCCAGGUGAUUACUACAGCUCAGUGGAGAGUGACCUGAAGGUGGAGCUGACUGAGAAGCUGUUUGCUCUGGACACAGAGGGCAGUGACAGCCCUGCGGACACCGAGAGGGACUUAAGUGACUUGGACCUGGAGACUUUGGCUCCUUAUAUACCCAUGGACGGAGAGGACUUCCAGCUGAAUCCCAUCAUCCCAGAGACAGAGCCCCUGGAGGGGGGUCCAGCAGCAUCCAUGGGGAGCAGCAGCAGCCUGUCACAAACACGCCAGGCAUCCCAGCAGAGCUUCAGCAACAUUGCCAGCCUCUUCCAGCCCCUGUCCUCCCCUCCUCAGGCCCAAGGCCACUACCAGGCCCAGCCAGCUGCAUCCUGGGCUGCAGAGGAGAAGAGAGGCUCCAGCCAGGGGACCGUGAACCCCCGCACAGGCUCGUACUUGAUGAGGCAAAUGCAGAAUCCCCCAUACCGGGCCCCAGCCAGCACCCCUCUGUCCUCCAUGGGCGGCAGGCAGAACCUGCAGUGGCCACCGGACCCUCUGUUAACCUACCAACAACAAUCACAAGCCACCAAGGCCUACCUGAUGGACACUUUGUCAGGAGAGGCGCGCCCGUCCUGCCAACAAAACAUGUCACAUCUCAUGCAGAAACAGAGGUCCAUUGAUAAUUUUAUACAAGCCCACAGAGACAUGAGUCCAGCCAGAGUGGCCAUGACCAACAGCAUCAAGCGCUCCUUCACCCAGAUGGCUGUGGGUGAAAGUAAGCCGUCAGAUAUCAUGUGGAAGAAGAUGAGGGGUGACAGUUGUGUCACCAUGGAUCGCUCCCUCAGCACAGGAUCACUGGCAGAGUUAGGGAUGAGCAGGAUGAUGCCAGGCAGCAUGUCUUCAUUUCUCAGCUCCCUGCAACAGCACAGGAAGUCUCAGUAUCCUGGAAACGGGAUAGGUGGUGCAAACGAGAAAGCCUUUCCCCAGAAGAGCUGCAGCUACACCGACUAUAACAUGAUGCCUUCUAACAAGACUGAGGGUAUAGCUAGUCGUUUGCUGGGCCCUUCGUUUGAGCCCUCCUUUCUGCCGGAGUUGACCCGUUACGACUGCGAGGUCAACGUGCCGCUGCAGGGCAACCUGCACCUCCUCCAGGGCUGUGACCUGCUGAGAGCCCUGGACCAGGCCACCUAGAGCCCCAGAUUCAAACCCCCCACCAUAGACCCGGACUUAAUCCCAGCCCUGAACCUCAACCUGCAGCCCGAGACUUAAGCCCAUAUCUUUACCCUCAUACCUCUGGGCAUUCUGAAAGCCCUGAGGCUAAGCUACCUAUAGGGAAUGGUAUUCAUAACCACAACCUUAUUUAGCUUAUUUGACUCAGCCCCAAACUCUGUUCCCUGACCUUUCUGUAGUUCUGCACCUUGACCAUUUAAACAAGCUACCAGGGUCAAGCCACUUACACCCUUUUUUAUCCAAGCUUUUGACUCUAAUCAGAUGCAGGUUGACCACCAAUGUACAAAAGAUAAAGUGGGUCAUUUGGUGAGAAAAGGCCAACACGGGACAAUUAACGGAUCAUAAAAUGAUGCCUGACCUGUGUCCAGUGUUAAAAAGUCUUGACACUGGGUAUUUGUGGUCACCAGCUUUGGCGUAAACGUCUGUCACGGGUCAGCGCUGUGUUCAGACACGCAGGCUGAACUCGGGUCUGUGGUGUAAAACAGGGUAUUAGAGGGGUGGGAUUCAUACACACAGUCUGCCUUAAGAAGGCCAGCUCUGCCCAAACGUCUACGGCCAUACACUGUGGCCCACUAGCAGUUUCCCGCUGUGACUUAAGUGGGAAUCCAUGACCAUGCUACAUCUAGGCACGGUGUUCGAAACCUCCAACCUGUGUCUUAUCUAGACCCCGUCUCCUUUUGCAGAACUACACCCUGAUAUGAACUCUAUGCAGCUCAGUUCCCAGCAUUACCUUCUCCAUAUCAGCCAACUAUUUAGCUCAGAGGAGAAGAGAUUAUUCUGCCUUUACGUUAACAGAGACACUGUGCUCUUUCACUUAGUGUAUUUGACCAGCAAUUAGACCCAGACCACUUUUCUAGUUCCACUCAAAGCCUCAGUUUAAGAGUUGGGUAUAAGGAAUUGGUUCUGAUCUGUAGCCAUUUUAAAAUGAAUAAGAACCAAGGAUUCUUUACAAAAUAGAAAUCGAUUCCCAAAGAUGACUUUUUAAAAAAUCCCUGUGGUGCAAUAUGCAGGACCGGAAAGAUUUUAAGGUGUGGAUAAAUGUAAUCACUGUACCAAAAUAAUUUUUCAAGGGAGGUACUGUUAACACGACGUGAGGCUGGUAACAGCAGUGGUCCCCAAGUGUUUUUGCUCACGAUUGCUUAAAAUUUUGUAAACAUUGGAGCAGCUGUUUUCCUCUUUGAACCUCUUAGAUUGUUUCAUUCUAAUGAUUGUUAGAGGCCAGAGGGGAUAAAAUUUAUAAUCCACAUGAAAUGAGCAAAAAUUGGAUCGGAAGUCUGAAAAAAUAAAUAGAAAUUUGCCCACAAGAACAGUAUUUUCCUUUUUGCUAUGGCUUUUAUCACCUUUUGACCACACAAGAGAAAUUCUAACAAUGUGUUAUCUUGACGACUGAAAUGCUAGCGCUCCAGAAUCCUUAGGAUAUCCAACUCAAGUCAAACCAACAUUUAACUUGUACAUGGCAAUAUAGAGACUAUUUCUAAUUCUUAAAUUGUAUCAUAAAGUACUUCAUCGUAUAUGGGAAGACAAAGAUGCUUUUUCUCUUUUUAUUUAGUCGUACUUAGAUUUCAUUUCACUCUCAAAAGAAUCAGAGCCGGAAACUGGAAUCAGUUUGCAGAGUCAGAAUCAAAAGCAUAUGAAGGUUCACUGCUCCAGCCUUUUUCCCACAUGCAGACAGACGGUCAUCAAUCUGCCUCGUCUCGUCCGAAUCCAUCCCGCCACAGUCGCUGUAAGGUCGUCAUCUGGUCGAGAAACCAACUGGUGCAGUUUGCUCAUUCAGAAAGAAUCUGAUUCUCACAACGUAAACUGGGUCAGAUUAGUAUUACAUCAGUUUGGGUCGGUUUUAGGACAUAUGCAUUUUAUUGUUAUUUUAGUUACUAUAUCUAGUCUAUACUUCGGUUUCAAACUGAGACAUUUUAACUUUUAUCAAAUCUCCCCACUUUAUUUAACCCAAAUUGACAGGACACUUUACCAUAUCAAUACUAGUUUGUUUCUCCUCCCUCAUUUAUUUUUUUAUGUUCUUACUCUACCUACCAGAUUCUUUUUUUUUUUUUUUUUGUGUCUGUCUCACAGACACACUAAUAAACAUAUACUGCAAUACAUGUACUCUACUGUAAGUUGAAUAUUGUUAAGUUUUAUUUUUUCCUUUUUCUAUCUUUUCCUCUUAAAAGUCUCUUUGAUUUAUCUAAGCGUGUUUCUCUCGCUCUCACCUCUCUGUCAGGUAAAUAGCUCGCGUGACUACAGGGUUUUUUUCUCUUAAUGUGCAAUUAUUUCACUUAACUAAAGUUUAUAUAGUCAGCAAAAAAGCUAGCCUUGUUCACCAAACUGAUAGCUUGUACGAAGGAAUCUGGCUUACACACGCUUCACGCAAUACAGAAAACCAGAAAAACAAGGAGUGUGCAUAGAUUAUCUAAGGGGGGGAGGGAUGAGGAUGAAAAGGGGAACCUCUCCUGCACACUGGUUUCAUUUUUAGGUUCAAUGUUUGCCCUUAAAACACCGUAGGUGUGUUCAGUGUUUUAGGCUCCUUAACAGUUUUAUAGUUCAUGUAUUUUUUUUCCGCCGUUCCAGGCAGCCAUUGGUUCCUAUUCGUUUCUCUGCAGUGUGAAAAUGAAUUAGCGGACUUCUGAAACUUGCUCGGGUUGUGUAGGACAUCAUAAAAAACAUCAAGCCUCAUUUUUUUGUCAAAAUGAAAUUAUCUGUGUGUGUCAAUGCUGUUGAAUUGCAACUUGAUUUAAAAAGUUUGCACUGCGUUGAUUAAUCAAAUGUAUUUAUUUAAAUUACAUUAUGAAGCAGUAGGGCUGCAACCUGACAAUUCAUUUCUUUUUAAAUUUGAUUAUUUUCUCCAGUAAAUGAUUGUUUUGUCUAGAAAAUGUCAGAAACUGGUGAAUGAUGCCUAUUAUUUUCCAGAGCCUACGGUAGCCUGUUAAAAUUGUUUUUCAUCUGACUAUUAGUCCAAAAUCCAAGGUAACUAUGAUGACAGAAGAAACGCAUAUAACACCAGAUCAUACAUACACUGUACAUGCAAAAGCAGAGCAGCUAAACUUACAUCUUCCAAACUUUGUGAUUCAAAUCAAGCCACAAAUGACUUUUUUUAUUUUUUAUUUUUUUUGUCCUGCCUCAUUACCUAUAAUGUAACUUAGAGCGUUGUCAUUCAUUUUCACCUCGGACAGAAAUGAAUAGAAACCAAUGUCUGUCUGGAAUGGUAGAAUCAUUUCUAAGCCAUAACAACACGGUUUGCAGAAUAGUUGCUAUGAAGUGUAUGAGAUUUGUAGUAAAUAUUCUAAAAUCUGCAAAGUCGCUUGUAUGCUCCUUUAAGCUAACUGGAGGAUACUUAGGGGGAUGUGUAUCAAAGCCCCAUCAGGAUUUCACAGGCUUAUUUUUGGGAUUGCUGCAGCCUAAAAUGCCUGAUUUCGCUGCAGCGAGCGCGACAUCCUGGAGGGGACUGACUUGAGCUAAUCAGAAGCGCGUUGGGAGGCGUCAAACGCACACUUUGGCUGAUCAGAGGGGCAACUGGGCCAAUCGCGAGUGCCAAUUGAGUAGGUGGAGUUGGCAUUUGGGCUCAUCAGAGGUUACCUCUGAAGCCCAGUUGUUUACAUCAGGGCAAAAAAGAAAGCUCUAAAAGCGUGUCAUCAAAAAACAGGGCAACUGCAGCUCUUAGAUAAAGAGGCGCCGGAGAGGUCAGUCCCUCCGUUCCCUGUGCGCACCACUGCGCAAACCAGACAGGGUAAAGUCAUGACAGCAGCAAUCAACAGUAAUCACUUACUCAUUCAAACUAUACAUACGGUAUGUACAUAGCAGCGGCAGCGGCGGCGGCGGCGGCCUUGGGUUCAGUGCUGCACAGCAGCCUGUGAAGUGACUUGAAAGCGGAGAGUAGUAUGUGACAUUCUUCACGAUUAGGACAAGGCCAGUUUUUCUUCUGAGUCGUAACACGGAGUGGCUGCCAAUACCGGAAAUCUUUGAUACAGAAACACAUUAGUCAUCCCAACACAUGAUGGACUAAGAGUAGGGUCAGAAUUUCUAUUUUCAAACUAAAAACUGUCAUUUUCAGCAAAGUGAUGUCGGUAAUAUCGUCAACAGUAUGCCUUCAUUGAAAACCAGUUCUCAACAUAUUUCACUGUUCUCUCCUUUGCUCUACUCUCAAAGAAUUUUUCUUAAUUUCACUCUUUUUUUUUUUUUUUUUGAGGCAAUUGUCUUUGUGUGGUGACCACUUUUGAGUAUGAAUUAUAGAGCUUUGUACACAUAUAAGUUACGUAUUUAAAAAGACAAAACUAAUGUUGAAGAUAGUGUUUUUAGUGUUUAUGUGUCCUGGUACUUUGUCUUAUCUACCCCUGUAGAUGCAGAUGGAUUAGAUCCCUCGCAGUGCUGUUUCCCCUCGUGCUGUUUCCAUGUUGUGGCUUUUAUUUUUUUCCUCCAGAGUUUUUAACCUAAAAUGUCUAUUGAAUCUGUUGGCUGGCCAGUACUGUUUUUUGUUCUUGCUUUGAGAAGAUAAAACAAAAAAGAAUGAGGAAAAAAAGAAAAAAAAGGUUCAAAUUAAAAAAUAAAUAUCAGUUUUCUAAGUUUCACUUUCCAGAUAUGUAGCAUUUUGAAUAUUGUAAAGAAGGUGAAGUUGCCACAAUUAAUCAUAGUUUUCCAGUUGCAUAUAUAAACGCAAUGGUGCUUCAUAGACCAUGUAUGUGGCAUUUUUAGAACUUUUAUUACAUCUCUUGGAUCCACUAACACUGUAUUUUUAUGUUUUCUGCUUUAUGUCAUGCUGAAAUGUCCUUUAAAGUUCAUUUAAAUCCAUAUAAUGUGCCUUAUCAUGACCUUCUGGUUGUCUCAACACAUACCGAGUUCACCCUUCAAGAGCACAAUUUUUGUUUCCUGCAACCUGUAGAUGACAUCCUUCAACCGUGGGCGGCUGUUGUUGAAGAUGAUCCUAACUGGACAUUGCGUCUUAUCUGACAGUUAAACGUAUUAAAAGUCCUAUUUUCUGAAAGAAUAGCACAAAAUCCCCCCUUUUGUUUGCAGCUUUAGUUUGAAUUUGCACAUUAAACUUUAGUUGACACCUUAGCUGUAUCUCCUAACGAUUGUAGUCCAGCUAAAAGCCAGCUAGCAGAGCCAGACAUUAAUGUGGAAAUGCAGCAGAAGCUUUGCAUGCGUCGGGUCCGUUCACCUUUUUUCACAGUCAAUCAUUGUCCAUUACGAGUUGUCGUACUUUUGAUAACAAUUGGGAAAACUAUGACACAACAAUGUCACAGUUGGGAUGAUUUUCAAAAUAAACCCUCGGGUGUUGUAGUCAACAGCUCCUCCAUAGCCUCUUCCUACUGAUGGAACAUACGCUAGAACCCUGUUAGAACCCGAUGUAGAUCCCCUGGUGAUGACGAGUCAAAUCCUUGUGUAAGGUCUUUUAAGGAAAUGGAUUUCCCAGCUCAUCAAACGACCUGACAGUCUGUUUGUUGAUGAAGCUGCUUGUGGGUUUUUAGGUUUAGUUGCAUGAGACUUGGCUGUACAGUAAAGAUUUUUUGGGGGGGGUCAUAUGUCAGAGGGGACGGUAGGGUUCGACAAAGUUAGUGCCUUGCUCGACAGACGUCUUGCUGUCAGUCCAUUACCGUCGGUCUGAAAACCAAACUUGCCUGACUUGAUCGCCCGUGACUCGAUCAUGUAGAUAGUGCAGUCCGAAAUUAUAGCGGGUCAAUUUCUGUACGAACGACCUCUGUGUAUAGGAUGGAUGCCAAUAAAAAUACGACACAGAUUAAAAAUCCCACGCCCACGUUGAUACACAGGAGCCGAGAAAGACUUUGUUCAGUUAGUUUUAACAGAAUUUUGGAAACUCAUAUCGGGCCUUAUUUUCGGGCUUUGGCUGUUAGCUCUACCAGUUACAUCACAUUUUUUGGACCGCCCGUUACUGCUGAGAGACAGGAAGGGAGUGCAUUAGAGGACGCAGCAUGAUAGUUCAGAUGUUUAGAAAGCUCUCGACCCAAUUCACAGUUUUAGUGUAUUACAGUAUCGAAAAACUAAACCUUUUUGUGAAGUAAAAGACAAAGGGAAAGUACCUGAGAGGACUCUCGUAAAGCUUCCCGGCAGUGUUGCUGUGUCUCUACGAUGAAAAUUGGUGACUAAAAAUGUCAUAACUGAUAAUAAUUAGGUCCAGAGCCAUGACGAUUAAAUCCAGGUUGUGUAAAACAAAAAAAACAACAAAAAAGAAGAACAAAAAACACACCAAGUAGGAUUGGAGAUGAACGUUAUCCUGAGAGGAGGUGUGGGCAGAGAAACAGUUUGAAGAGUUAUGAAGGAGAUGUGAAAAGAAGUGAUGUGGAGUUGAGUGACAUAUGAAGAGAGAUACAUCCUGCUCAGUCUGCCCACUGAUGCAUAUCUCUCCACUCGACACAUCACUCAUCUGUUGCUCCUCUCACUCCCCCUCUCUCCUCACUUUCCUCUUUCAGAAUCAAUUUGUUCUCCCUCCUGAUAUGACAGCGAUUACUUUAGACUGGAGGGCUUUUUUUUUCAUCACUGUUUAAAUUGGACGUUCUUCAUAUUUCAAAGUCAAAAGCCUGCAAAUGGAGCUGUGACCUAUUUGUAGGAUCAUCUGCAGCAGUUAAAUACUUUAAAAUGUUAUGUGUCGGUUAGAGUAAGUUUCCAGAAAAGCACCUGACAGCAUGUCGAAACCAUGUUUUCUUUUUCUUUUUUUUUUCUUUUUUUUUUAAAUAACUAUAAAUAUUUUCACUGUACAUUUCCAGUGCAAUAUACUGCAGAACUGUUGCUGAAUAGUUCAAGUGCUAGGGCAAUGUUUGGAGAGGUUUUAAGAAUACAUUAAAUGUUUUGAAACAUGCACAUGGAAGAGGAACAGCACCUCAGAUGGGCUUUUUUUAGGUGAGAUGAGAUUUGACCUAAAUUGUGAUAAAGUACGUGGAAAGAGUUGGCUAGAUGGAAGUCGAUUUAAAAAAAAAAAAAAAAAAAAAAAAAA